UCUUCGUAGUGGUGUCGGUAAACUGCGCGUCGCUUUUGAGAAAGGCGAGUCGCGAUCGUGGCGGCAAUUAACAUCCGGUUCUCGAAAAAAAUUGCAUUUGCCGUUAAAGAAGAGGAUAGAUAGAGAGGAGUGUAACAGAAUUAUCUCGUAAUAUUGUCUCGUGAUGAUUGCCGGUUUAAAUCGCUCGCUCAUCAGUGAGUCGUUGGCUGUCGCUCAUCUGCCCCACUGAGGAAUAGUCAGAUCAGUCGAUCGGUGUUUCCGCGGUUUAUCUUCGAGCGUUACGCGGACGUUAACGGUACGAUAGAAUCGAGACUCGGAAUGCACAAGAUAGUUUCAAAGAUUUAUGUCCAAUGAAUUAUCAUUCGUAAAUAUUUCGAGUGGAAUAAUCAUCUCGUGAGAAUCGCAAGUGUCACGCAAACGAUUCUGAAUUAUAAAUAACAUCAUCAUCGCUGAAACAGGAAUUUCCGGUUGGCAGAAUUUUUUUAGGUGGAUGUCGAUUGAAAAACAAACAAGGCAAGAUGCAAGCGAGAAAAAUUCUGAACGUGCUUCAUCGUCUUCUAGAGCUAAUCGUAAGAGGAAUAUUGCUAUUAGUUGCCUUCAUCAGCGGGCCAGCUCAAUCUCAACCAGCAAUUAAAGAUUUAACGCUCUUGCACAGCGCAACCACUUUAGCAUUAAAAAUUCGAAACAGACAAUUAACUUCGGAGGAUGUGGUGUCUUCGUAUAUAGAAAGAAUAAAAGAAAUUCAACCGAUACUCAACUGUAUAACUGAAGAACGUUUCGAGGAAGCGCUUAAAGACGCGAGAAAAUGCGACCAACUCUUGAAAUCUCAGGACGCUCCGUCCGCGGAGUUUCUGGCCAAAGAGAAACCAUUGUUUGGUGUACCCUUCACGACCAAGGACUGUAUCGGUGUUGCCAACAUGUAUCAAACGGCUGGUUUAGUCGUACGUAAGAACACUGUCGCUGAGAAAGACGCAGAAGUAGUAAAAUUAAUGAGGUCAGCUGGAGCCAUACCUCUGGCAUUAACAAAUGUUUCAGAAUUGGCAAUGUGGUGGGAAAGCACUAAUUGUUUGUUCGGCACCACGAAGAAUCCCUACAAUACGAGACAUAUCGUAGGUGGUUCUUCUGGUGGUGAAGGUUGUAUACAAGCAGCAGCUGGGUCACCGCUUGGAAUCGGUUCUGAUAUUGGCGGCUCUAUUCGUAUGCCGUCAUUCUUCAAUGGAAUUUUUGGUCACAAACCAACUAAAGGAAUAGUCUCAAACGAUGGUCAAUACCCUAGUGCGCAGAGCGAUGAUCAAGAUCAAUUACUUGCUAUUGGACCAAUGUGUAGAUACGCGCAAGAUUUGACGUUGACUCUUAAGAUUCUAGCAGACAAAAAUGCCGAUUUAUUAAAGCUGGAUCAAAAAGUGGAUAUUUCUCAAAUCAAGAUUUUUUAUAUGGAAGACGAUGGCGGUCAGUACCUGAUUUCGCCGGUGGAUCCAGAAAUAAAAGACGCCAUGAGAAGAAUAGUAAACUAUUUCGAGAAAGCGCACAAGAUUAAAGCCACAAAAGUAAACGUAAAAAAAUUGAAAAAGAGCAUGGCUCUCUGGCUUGCAAAUAUGGCCUGCAAGGAUGACAAAGACUUUUCGUACGAGCUAACCAAUAGGAAGGGUCACAUUACUAUUUGGUGGGAAUUCAUUAAGUGGUUAUUAUUUAUGAGUAAUCACACUUUGGUCGCUCUUUUCACUGCCACGUUUGAAAAAUUGAGCGCAAUAAAGUACGGAAACGAGGAACACGGUCGACUCAUUCAACAAAGCAAAGAUCUCUAUCAAGAAUUUAGGGAUAUUUUGGGAGAAAAUGGUGUGUUUUUGUAUCCCACGCAUCCAACUGCAGCUCCAAUGCACUAUGAACCAAUGUGUAAACCGUUUAACUUUUCCUAUACCGGCAUCAUUAAUGUGUUAGGCCUACCGGCUACAGCUUGUCCGUUAGGUUUAAAUAAGCAAGGGCUUCCCAUUGGUAUACAAGUUGUAGCAGGACUCCAUCAAGAUCGUUUAACACUUGCUGUUGCUGAGGAAUUGGAACGAGGUUUCGGAGGUUGGGUACCUCCGACAAUAGUGGCUUAAUCGGUACAUCAUAUAGACAAUAAUUCAAUGAAUGAUAAAUACGCAUAAAAUUUCAUCUUACUGAAUGAACCCUGCCAUCUUUCUCUUAUGAAACAUUAUACUAUUUAUAUCGAUUUUCAUAUACGCGAACACAUUAUCGCGAUAAAGUACAAACUUAUAUACAGAGAGAUGUGUAACACAUGCGUGCAUUUAAAACAAAAUAUAAUUUCUUACAAUAUUUAUAUUCCGUAAGUUUUAUGACACAAUUUUAUAGUACGUUUAUGUACGAUUACUUUGUUAUGUCAUUACGUACAUAUUGCAUUUAUGAAGUUUUAAGAAAAUAUUUGUAUUAUUUAAAGAAAAUAAUGUAUUUUCUUUCGUAAUCAUUGUGACCAAUUAUUUAUUAGGAUUCCUUGAAAUAAUAAUGAUCAUAUGUAGCAUGUAUAUCCAAUCGUGCUAUAUAUUAAGACAGUAUUUUGUCUAAUUUGAUAAAAAAUAAAAGUAUCACUAUGUUAAUUUGUUCUUAAAAGAAAAGAACGGAAAUUCGAUUUUUUUAAACAUUAGAUUUGUAUAUAAAUAACAUAAUUUUUCAAGUAUAUUAUUACAUAGCAGUAUUUGUAUACCUCAUAAACUUCUACAUAGAAUUUUCUAUUUUCAUACGUGAUAUAAAAUCAGAUGGUAGCAGGGUGCUUCUGGUAAUAUGUGAUAAGAUAUUCAAUGUUAUUUAAGAUGUAUUAAUGUUGAGAAUUUAUACAUAUAUUUUAUCUACCGAAAAAUAAAUUUGUAUAUUAUAUUA